AUGCAUAAUUUGACGUUUAGUUGUUUGCUUUGUAGAUCCGAAACCUUGAAGAACGAGGCGUUGAAACCGAGUUUCGCAGAUCUUCCAUCAUGCCUUAUAGAACUAAUAAUGUCUCAUCUUGUGUUAAAAGAUAACAUCCGUGCAUCCGCUUCUUGCAAGUCAUGGCGUGAAGCUGGAGUUUCUGUUCGUGUAGUGGAAAAGCAUCCUUGCCUUAUGUGCUUUCCUAAGGAUGGAUCAAACUUGUUUGAAUUCCGUGAUCCAUUGCAACGGAAAUCAUACACUAUGAAUCUACCAGAGUUACUUAACUCAACCGUGUGUUACUCAAGAGACGGUUGGUUACUUAUGCAUAGAUGGUUCGAAAACGAGUUGUUCUUCUUCAACCCGUUUUCUCGGGAGCUCAUAAGCUUGCCUAAGCUUCAGCUCCGUAUUGAUAAUCUACUUUCAUUCUCAUGUCCACCUACAUUGGGUGAUUGUGUUGUGUUAGCGUUGGACUUUGAUAAGCAUUAUCGUGGCUCUAUGAGCACUUGGCAUCCCGGAGAAACUGAGUGGAAGACUACCAACUUCCUAACUGAUUUUGAUCGACACAAAGAGCGUAGCUGGCUUGUCUAUGUCAAUAAUCUUUUCUAUUGCACUACCGAAGAUGGAAAUUUGUAUUACUGUCGUCCAUCUUCCCGCAUAUGGGAGUGUCACAAGGCGUGUGGACGCAAAAUAAGUUAUAUUGGUUGGUGUAAAGAAGUUAACUUGGCGGAGAAGAAAGGAGAGCUCUUUGUCGUGUUUACAUACCUAAAAGACAUGAAGCCAAUGGUCUGCAAGUUAGUCUCUUUGAAAUGGAAAGAGAUGAGUGAUACUGAGCUUGAUGGCUUGACAUUCUUUGUCAGUGAUUAUAACUCUGAGAUGAGAACUGACCUCCCAUGGAUAAGGAACAAUAUCUGUCACAAACUUUUGCAUAAUUUGAAGUUUAUAUGUUUGUUUUGUAGGUCUGAAUUAACUCCAAGUAACGAGGCGUUGAAUCCUAGUUUCGCUGAUCUUCCAUUGUGCCUUAUAGAAAUAAUAAUGUCACUUCUUGUGUUAAAGUAUAACAUAUGUGCAUCUGCUGUUUGCAAGUCAUGGCGUGAAGCGGCAGAAUAUGUUCGUGUAGUGGAAAAGCAUCAUCCUUGGCUUAUGUGCUUUCCUAAAGAAGGAACCUUGUUUGAAUUCCGCGAUCCAUUGCAGCUGAAGUCGUACAGUUUGAAUCUGCCAAAGUUAGCUAAAUCUAAUGUGUGUUGCUCAAGAGACGGCUGGUUACUUAUGCGUAAAUGGAGAAUGAUCUCAAGCCAAAUGUUCUUCUUCAACCCUUUUUCUCGGGAGCUCAUAAGCUUGCCUGAGUUUGAGCUGGAUUUUCUGGAGAUUGCAUUCUCUUGUCCUCCUACGUCGGAUAAUUGUGUUGUGGUAGCGUUGAACUUUGAUGUGAAUAAUAAAUAUGUCACUAUCUGCACUUGGCAUCACGGAGCAACUGAGUGGAUUGCUUAUAGCUUCCCUAAGCAUGGUUUUGAUCAAGGAAAGAAGCGUAGCAAGCUUGUUUACCUCAAUGAUUGUUUCUAUAUCUUUAACGAAGGAGGCAUCUUGUAUUACUUUCACCCAUCUUCCUGCACAUGGAAUCGUGCGUAUGAACUCAAAUGCCCUUAUCAAAAAUAUAGUAAGAAAAAAAGAGUUUACUUGGCAGAGAAGAAAGGAGAGCUCUUUGUCAUGUUUACAUGCAACAACAAGAAGCCAAUGGUCUACAGGUUAGUCUCUUUGAAAUGGAUAGAGAUGAGUGAUACUGAGCUUGGUGGCUUGAACAUGUUUGUCAGUUUUAAUAACUCUGUGUUGAGAAGCAAUGUCUAUUUUUCAAAGCACAACGGCAAGCGUUGUGUAACUUACUCGUUCGAUGAAAGCAGAUACAAUCUGUUUGACCAGUUGGAAAACAAGCUCAUUCCACACCCUCUUGACACCGUAUGGAUAGAUCCGCCAGAGAACGUUUUAUAA